AUGGAACUUAAGAUGUUAAGAUAUAUACCAAAUGAAUACUUCGAAAGAGCAAUACAUCUCAGAGAAUAUCUCGAAAUUGAAAAUAAUUCGGUUUUUGUUCAAGGAAAAAGUUACGAUCAUUAUACAACAGAUAUUUACGGAAUAACUAGAUGGAAUAAUAUGUCAUAUGCUGUUCUUCGAGACGUAACUAUUAAUGGCGCUUCAACAGCAAACAACGGUACUCAUUGUUUCUUGCCUAAUGAUUAUCCGCAGUUAGAUUAUAUAUAUGGUGAUGGCCAUGGCCAAGUUGUUGAGCAAUUUGAUUCUGUUAUCGCGUUUGGUCACAUGUUUACAAUGACAUAUGGUCAUUGGUUCUUAGAUUACUUGUCUCCAAUGCAAUAUUUACCACAAUCAAUCUACAGAUCAUCGACAAUUUUAAAUAUUGCUAAUUUCCCUGAUGGAGCUGCUUCAUUAGAUGUUUUUGGUAUCAGCUUAUAUAAGCGUCGUUUUUCACAAGAUGGCAGAAGAUUCUUCUUUACCAGACAAGCUUACGUUUUAUACAACCCAAUUCCUCACGUACGGCAUUUUGGAACAUGUCUAUUGAAUCUUUCCAAUAUCCUGUGCGAAUACUACAAAUUGAAUGAAAUUAAACCAACAAAAUUUGGUUUAUCAAAUAGAAAAGGUAAAAGAGAAGCAGAAAACUGGAAAGAGAUAUGUGACAAGAUAACUAAGAAGUAUCCGGAAUAUGAUUGGGUAGAUGUUCAAGAUGGACUUAAUAUUUCAGAAAGUGCCAAGCAUUAUGCAAGUUUAACAUUUCUAUAUGCAGUUACAGGAUCAGGACUUGUUAAAAUAAUGUAUAUGCACUCAGGUUCUGUAGUUGUUGAUAUGCAAUUAAGUUAUAACGAUCAUGCUAUGCAAUCUCUUGCACUUUGCAAGCAUAUAUUAAUGAUUUGCUAUCAAGAACCUGGAUUGCAACACCAUUAUACUUCCAAGUUUAAUGCAACUGUAAGUAAUGCUAUGAAAUUUGUUGGAUAUGGAAUUGAUGCAUGGAAGUUGCAUAAACUUCCUCCGGAGUUAUUUAAUGAACCAGAUAGAUAUAUUUAA